ACAAACAAACAAACACUACUGAAUAUUGCAAGAGAAAAGAUGAAAAUGGAAGUUGGAUCAAUCCUGCUGUCAAUCCUGGUAGUGGGAUUGAUAACUUUAUCAGCCAAAUUUGUGAACUGGGUUUGGAUUAAGCCAAAGAAGCUGGAGAAGCUUCUAAGGAAGGAAGGUCUGAAUGGCAAUCCGUACAAACUACUCCUCGGAGAUAUGAAACAGUUGAUCUCUGUAAUGAAAGAAGAACAGCCUAAAUCCAUCCAAUUCUCCGACCACCUUCUGCCCCAUAUUCUUCCUCAUUACCACCAUAACAGAACCAAAUUCGGUGAGAAUUCGUUUAUGUGGGUUGGACCAUCGCCGAAGUUGAUAAUAGCAGAUCCACAGCUGAUGAAGGAGAUUCUCGAAAAACCGAACGUGUUUCAGAAGCCGCACCCCGAUCCUAUCGGGGAGACGAUCGCCGGGGGGCUUGUUGUUCUUGAGGAUGAGAAAUGGACCAAGCACAGAAGGAUUAUCAACCCUGCUUUCCAUAUGGAGAAGCUCAAGAAAAUGGUACCUGCGAUUCGGUUGAGUUGUUCCAACAUGCUAGACCAAUGGGAGGCUUCGUUUGCCGGCAGUGACGAGUCGAAGGAAAUCGACGUGUGGCCUUAUCUUCAGAAUUUAUCGGGCGAUGUGAUUUCUCGUGUGGCGUUUGGCAGCAGCCAUGAACAAGGAGUUAGAAUAUUUGAGCUGCAAAAGGAUCAGGUCAAGCUCGCUUUGGAGCUCUUGAAGUUCAUGUUCGUUCCGGGAUGGAGAUUUGUGCCGACGAAGGCGAACAGAAGAAUGAAAGCAAUCUCGAAAGAGAUUCAAUCAUUGUUGAGGGAUAUAAUCAACCAAAGGGAGAAGGCGAUUGAAGAUGGAGAAGUGAUCGGCGAAGACUUGUUAGGCACAUUGAUGGAAUCGAAUCUCAGAGAAAUCGACGAAAACGGGAGCAAGAAGAAUAUGGGAAUGACUAUCGAAGAAGUGAUAAACGAAUGCAAGCUAUUCUACUUUGCAGGCUCCGAAAGCACUUCCGGAUUGCUGAUGUGGACAAUGGUCAUGCUCAGCAAAAAUCAAGAAUGGCAAGCUCGUGCAAGAGAAGAGGUUUUGCAAAUUUUCGGAAAUAAAGAACCAACUUUCGACGGCCUAAACCGCCUUAAAAUUGUAACUAUGAUUCUGAACGAGGUUCUAAGGCUGUACUCACCUGCACCGCUAAUAUCGCGGGCCCCAGCAAAGGCGGUGAAAUUGGGGAACAUCAAUUUACCGGUGGGGGUAGAUUUGUUGCUGCUAAUAGGUUUAGUGCAUCAUGAUCCGAAAAUAUGGGGCGACGAUGCGAACGAGUUUAAUCCAGAGAGAUUCUCUGAAGGGAUUUCGGGUGCAACCAAAGGCCAAUUUUCGUUCUUACCGUUCAGCUUAGGUCCAAGAAUAUGCAUCGGCCUACAGUUUGCAAUGACCGAGGCGAAAUUAGCUGUCUCGAUGAUGUUACAGCGCUUUGCAUUCGAGCUGUCACCGUCUUAUUUGCACGCUCCGUUCCCGAUUCUCACUCUCCAACCUCAGUAUGGCGCUCCCCUGAUUUUACGUAAACUAUAAACAAAGGCUACUAUUGUUUUUUUUCUUUGUUUUUUCCUCUAUUUUUUUCCGAUUUGUUUUAUCUGUUAUGUACAAUUUACGGAGAUGCAUGUUUUAUUAGCUUGUAUUAUGGACUCGACGAAAAUAAACUGUUAUAUGGUUCA